CAACCAGUAAAGCGGGUUAUUUAUUCUCCUCCCGGUGAUCUGUCCGUGUCCUGAGGGUGUAAUCUGAAGCCUGUUGUACAGUGGGUUGCGGCAGCAGAAAGUCACUGCAGUCCUCGACGAGCGUUCAUCAUGUUUUGACCAUAGACUGACGCGUGGCGUCUUGAAAUGUCGCAAUGCUCGAGGAUCAGAACCCGCUAGCGCGUGGGGAUCGUAGAAGCGCAGAAUGCAUGUUUGCGAAAGCUUCCUGGUUCUCGUGUGAAACACCAUCUGCGAAACGCGAUCUCUCGGGACGCGACGCAAGGGGCAUUGUUUCGCUAACAGCUCCUUUUUUGGACGCGCGCAGAACGCGUCUUCCGCCCGUGCUGGCUGUCGUCGAGCCGGUGGGUGACCGUGCGUGGAUACGAUCAUGUGGCGGAGCGGAUGCUGGACGCGGGCGCGAUGUCAGGACAGCGGGGUCGAUCCGGAGCGCGAGCGGCUCUGGGCCGAGCUCUUCGAGCAGCUGGAUCUGAACAAGAACGGACUGAUCGAUGUGAACGAGCUGCGGGUCGGACUCGCCGCCCGGGGGCUGUCGUGGAGCUCAGUGGAGGAGCAGAUUGUACGAGCUGGAGACAUUAAUCUCGAUGGUCAGCUGGAUUUUGAAGAGUUCACAGAGUAUCUGCGAUCCCACGAGAAACGCCUUAAACUCAUGUUUCGCAGCUUGGACCGCAACAACGACGGUCAGUUGGACGUGGGGGAGAUCCAGCAGUCGUUACACAAUCUCGGCGUGGACGUCACGUUGGAGCAAGCUGCCAAAAUACUGCAAAGGUGCGUGUGUUACUUAGCAUAUGUGCAAAGUGCUUUCAGGCGUGAUUCAGUUGUGACAUGCAGAACUUGUGAAAUGUGUUCCCACAGUAUGGAUAAAGACCAUUCCUUGACCAUCGACUGGUUCGAGUGGCGAGAUCACUUCCUGUUUAACCCUCUGCACAACAUGGAGGAAAUCGCUCAGUACUGGAAACACUCGGUGAUGUUGGACAUCGGAGAGCUCCUGACGGUCCCAGACGAGUUCUCGGAGAAGGAGAAGCAGUCAGGGUACGUGUGGCGGCAGCUGAUGGCAGGAGCUGUGGCCGGAUCGGUGUCCAGGACAGGAACCGCGCCGCUCGACAGACUCAAGGUGUUUCUGCAGGUGCACGGCCAGAGCUCUGAUAAGGGGACUGUGUGGCGCGGUCUGCAUGCGAUGGUGAAGGAGGGCGGCCUCACUGCGCUGUGGAGGGGGAACGGCAUCAAUGUGCUGAAGAUCGCACCGGAGACAGCCAUCAAAUUCCUGGCCUAUGAACAGAUUAAGUGCUUGAUGAGAGGCAGAAAUGAAGGAGGAACUCUGAAAGUUCAGGAGAGGUUCGUGGCUGGAUCACUGGCUGGAGCGACGGCUCAAACUGUCAUAUACCCAAUGGAGGUGCUGAAGACUCGUCUCACUCUUCGUAAAACAGGACAGUAUUCGAGUGUGGCGCACUGUGCUAAACAGAUCCUGCAGAAGGAGGGCGUUCUGGCAUUUUAUAAAGGAUACCUGCCCAACAUGCUGGGCAUCAUCCCGUAUGCGGGCAUAGACCUCGCCGUCUACGAGACGCUGAAGAACGCCUGGCUGCAGCGGCACACGGAGGGAUCUCCCGAUCCGGGCGUCCUGGUGCUGGUGGGCUGUGGCACGGUGUCCAGCACCUGCGGACAGCUGGCGUCCUAUCCCCUCGCCCUCAUCCGAACACGCAUGCAGGCGCAGGCGUCAGUGAAGGGAGCUCCUCAGCUGUCCAUGCUGACCCUCUUCAGGAGUAUCGUGGCCCAGGAGGGUGUGGUGGGACUCUACCGAGGCAUCGCGCCCAACUUCCUCAAGGUCAUCCCGGCGGUCAGCAUCUCCUACGUCGUCUACGAACACAUGAGGAAAGUACUGGGAGUGGGAACCUGAGACAGCUCAUGUGUGUGUAGAAAAGACUACAACAAUCAUAUCCGGACAAGAGAGGUCAAAGACUUGUUUAUUUAAGCCUAUAAUAUAUUCAAUCACUGGAGUGAUGUUCACCAAAAACAGUGGAUGUGAGGAAGAACAAUGAACUGAACCCAAACACUGAAUUAUGCAGAAUGUAAGAGGUGCUGUUCUGACCCUUUCCUGAAUUACUGAGGUUCAUGAUGUGCUCUCCGUGUGUGUUGUUGGUCAACAGGGCCCUGAUAUUCAGAUAUUCAGGGUACGGCCCUCUGGAUGUGGUAAAAUGAAUGCUUGCGUGUGUGAGACUGUGUGAGCAUGUGCUGUACUGUACUUUGUGUUUAACCCUGUGCACACUACUGAACUCCAAAUGGGAAUGGGCAAUAAACUAACUUCCUCCUUUUGAACUUCCA